AUCGCGUGCCGAGUGGCGUGCGAAAUACUAACUCUAGUCCCGGGUCCGCGAUCGAACCCUUGAAAACAAAAAUGUACGCCCUGCGAGUGGCUGUUCUCCUGGCAGCCUGCGUGUCCUUGGCCUCCGCCGGAACUCGCCAACUGGAUGUGGAGGUCCAGCCGCCGGUCACUUUGGCCACCGAGCUGGCAGACUACCGUCUUUCGGAACACAUCUCGCCUGUGAGUUACAACAUUAGCCUGAGACCCUAUCUUCUGGAGAGCGAUGCCACCAAGAAAUUUACAUUCGAUGGCGAAGUAUGGAUCGAGAUUUAUCCGAGUGAGACCACCUCUUCCGUGCACCUGCACUCGAAGAAUCUCACCUAUUCGCUCAGCGAGUACUGGCAGAAGCCAGCGACCGGAGUGGCCGCCCCGACUCCAACCAGAUUCGGUGCCAACCAGACCAACGAUGAUACGGAUAUUGUGAAGCUCACGGCUCCCACCGCCUUGACGGCCCAGACGACAUAUAUCCUGCAUUUCGUGUACACCGGUCUGAUGCAGGACGAUAUGCACGGCUUCUACCGCAGCUCCUAUGUGGACGAUAACAAUGUGACCAAGUGGCUGGGCUCCACCCAGUUCCAGACCAACCACGCCCGCCGCGCCUUCCCCAGCUUCGAUGAGCCCCAGUUCAAGGCCACGUUCGAUGUCACCCUGAAGCGCCACAGGACCUUCAACUCGGCCAGUAACACCAGGCUGAUCGCUUCCUAUCCCAGUGAUGAAGAGGGUUACUAUACGGAUGUGUACAAGACGACACCCAAGAUGUCCACCUAUCUGCUGGCCUUCAUCAUUUCCGAGUUUGUGGCCCGCAAGGACGACAACUUCGGAGUUUUCGCCCGCCCAGAGUACUAUGCCCAGACGCAGUAUCCCUACAAUGUGGGUGUCCAGAUCCUGAAGGAGAUGGGUGACUAUUUGGACAAGGACUACUACUCCAUGGGCAACGACAAGAUGGACAUGGCCGCCAUUCCCGACUUCUCGGCCGGAGCAAUGGAGAACUGGGGUCUGCUGACCUACAGGGAGCGCAGUCUGCUGGUGGACGACUCGGCAACCACUCUGGCCUCCCGCCAGUCCAUCGCUGCCGUGGUGGCCCACGAACAGGCGCACAUGUGGUUCGGCGAUCUGGUGACCUGCAAGUGGUGGAGCUACACCUGGCUGAACGAGGGAUUCGCUAGGUAUUUCCAGUACUUCGGCACCGCCAUGGUGGAGAAGGAUUGGGAACUGGAGAAGCAGUUCGUCGUGGAUCAGGUUCAAUCCGUGAUGGCCAUGGACUCGACCAAUGCCACCAAUCCGCUGAGCGAUGAGAACACUUAUACUCCAGCCCACUUGAGCCGCAUGUUCAACAGCAUCUCGUACAACAAGGGAGCCUCCUUCAUCCGCAUGAUCAAGCACACCAUGGGAGAAGAGUUCUUCAGGACGGCCCUGCAGGAUUACCUUAAGAAAUACGAGUAUCAGCCAUCGGUGCCCGAGUAUCUUUUGGGUGCCUGGCAGGCCAAGUGGCCCAACAGCAGCUACAACGACAGCUCCGAGGCGAUCUUCAAGAGCUUCACCACCCAGGUGGGCUACCCCCUGAUCAACGCCGAACUGGCCAGCGAUGGCCUAUCCGUUCGCUUCACCCAGAAGCGUUUCCUGCUGAAGGAGAACGACGGAGCCGACGCGGAUCUGAAAUACACUGUGCCCAUUUCCUAUACCACCAGUGAGACGACCACUAAAUUCGCCAACUCCACGCCCAAGUUUAUCCUGAAGCCAGACGUGGCCACUACUGUGUCCUUCACCCCGGCCAUCAAGUGGAUUGUGGCCAAUGUCCAGCAGACUGGAUACUACCGAGUCAACUACACUGAGAGCAACUGGCAUGCCAUCCACCAAGUUCUGAAUACCGCCGAUUGGGGCGGUGUGCACGAGAACAACCGCGCCCAGAUUGUGGACGAUCUGUUCAAUCUGGCCAGGGCCGGGAACAUUACGUACAACCUGACUCUGGACGUGAUCGAGUAUCUGGAGACGGAGACCAACUACAUUCCCUGGACGUCGGCCUUUAAUGGAUUUAGUUAUUUGACCAUUCGCCUGGGCAAUGACACUUCCGACUUCGGCACCUACAUCCAGUCACUGACCAACAAGGCCUACAACCAGCUGGGAUUCAAUGAGACCUCCAGCGACACGGCCCUGGACAUCUAUCUGCGCACCAAGAUCCUCUCCUGGGCCUGUCGCUACGGCAGUGCCGAUUGCAUCAGCAAGGCCAAGGGCUACUUCCAGUCGCUGACCACCGUGCCCAAGAACAUUCGGGCCACCGUCUACUGUGUGGGUCUGCGGGAGGGUGGAGCCACUGAGUUCCAGGCUCUGUACGACAAGUUCAAGGCCGAGACCGUGGCCACCGAGGAGACCCUGCUGCAGAACUCCUUUGGAUGUGUGAAGACCCAGGCUCUGAUCGAGAAGGUGUUCGACCUGAUCCUCAGCGACGAGAUCCGCAAGCAGGACAAGUCCUCCGUGCUGUCCACUCUCUACACUGAGAACAACGAGAAUGUGAGCCCGGUGUUUGCCCUGGUCACCCAGAAGUACGAGCAGUUGGCCGAUGCCAUGGGCGGCUAUUCCGCGGUGGCCACUGUGAUCUCCAACAUUGCUGCCCGUUUCACCACCCAGCAGCAGUUGACCGAUCUGCAGAACUUCAACAGGAACUAUGGCUCCAAGUUCGGCACCUCGCAGGCCACCUUGACCUCCGCGGAGGAGACUGUGCAGGAGAACCUGAAUUGGGCGGCCGCCAAAUUGGGCGUUUUCCGUAGCUAUCUGGCCAACUAUCGCAGUGGAAGUGCCAUGGUCAACGCCUUCAGUGCCAUCAGUCUGCUUUUGGUGUCCCUGGUCACCAUGCUGCGCCAUUAGGCCUGGAUCAACCCACUCGGGGACAGGUGCAAUCGGGUCACGAGUACUCUUUUAGGCCAUAAAGUAUUUUGUACGCUUAGAGCACCCAAUAAACUAACACACUUUGUAGAUAA